GGGGACUUGAGAAAAGGCAUGCACAUUAAGAAAAGGCUGCAACGCUACAAGAUGAGGUGCGAGAAGCAGCUUUGGGUAGCCCUUUUUUUUUCAAUGCUUGGAAGAGCGGCAUUGGUGGCACUUGAUACCAGGAGGGCAUAUGGGGUCGCACUAAACAAGAUAGGCUUCCACCAAGGUAAGGGGCUCCAUUUAAUACAUAGCACCCUAAGGAUUUUAAUAAAGUUUAACAAUUGAGAAUUCUAGAUCAUUUAUAGUCUACAAAACACAUUCUAUAAAAAUACUGAACACCUCCAAUAAAAUUUAAAUCAUUGUGGGUUAAAUACUACUAUUAUAGAAUUAAAGCACGCAUCUAACAGCUUGCACAAUACAAAGUAAUUUUGGUAAUCUUUUCCCCAUUUUAAAUAUUCCCAACAAUUCCCAGUUUAGCGAAUAACUCUGUAUAAUGUUUCUUUCAUUAUGGUUCAAUGAUGAUUUUUUUUUUUUAUUUUGAAUGUUCUUUUCAUUUAUCCUGAAUUAUUAAGAAUACCAUAAAUCCCAUUUGAACCAGGUGCAUUUAUACGUUUGGAUGUUGUCUUAUAGAGUAAGCUACUAGAAAGGAGGAUGUUGCUUUCCAUGUUCUAAAUCAUUUUUCUGGAGUCUUAUCAGAUGUGAGAGUGGGUGAGUGACAGGUAGCCCAGAACAGACUGUUAAAGGAAUCUAGAAUGAGCAGACAAGAGCCAAUAGGCCAAAUUUAACUGUCUGCACCUGGUCAGUUACAACUAUUAGUUCCUAGCAGUGUAUCAUAAUGCAUACCAACUUUGACGGUAAGCUGAUCCAUGAAUACACGACUCCCGCUGUAAAGCUGUACAAAUAACGGUGGAAACAAAGUCAGCACUAUAGCAGUAACUCUUAACACGGAGAUGCCCUAGGGUAGGGCUCAAAAUUUUAAGUCUUACCCCACUAGCCAGGUUUGAAAAACUACUCACCACUGCAAGCCUAGAGUGUCCAUGGCACGCUCGUCAGUGGGUCAAUUUGCACUCGCUAAUGGCUAGAGGUCAAGUAGAAAUUUUACGCCGUGCCCUACACAUAGCUAAUACUCUGGCACACACAUAGGUAAAUUACGGGUAACUAGGGGAGAUCUGUGAGGGUACUCAUUGAAAUGCAAUGCUCAGGUCAUAGGCAUUACAGAGAUCUACCUGUCGUAAAGUAAGAUGUGUUUUAAUGCAGACCCAACUGUGAAACUAGAAUUGGUAGAUGAAAAGCAGGGGUGACACGUCUGUAGACAAUACAAGAAAACCCCUUAUGGUUAUAAUGUCUUCUGCGUAACUCCUGCUGUAUUUCUGUCUGUGCUUGGGGACACAGUAUAGAGCAGUGGUGUUAAAGAGAAUGUCGUGUCACACUGUGGACCACAAGCUGCCGUAAAGUGUGCCACAAACUUAGGCACGGGCUUAGAAUGGUGUUUUUAAUUAGUGUCUGCAUUAAUACUGACACUCUCAUCUGGUAAUUAAUUAAAACUAAUCAGUUAAUUUGGCUAGAAGUAUGUAUGUUUCUCUAAUAAGGCAUCAUGUUAAUACAACAUUUAUGAACUGCUGCUGAAGCUAAAAAGAAGUGAUUUAAUUUGCUUCUCCCAUUUUAGUAUACCUUGCUCUAAAACAGAUUGGGAACCUCUAGUGCAGAGUUUAACUAGACAUUUAUUUAGCAUUUUUGGUUUGAAUUUAUGCAUGAAAAAUAAUAUCAAAAUAAAAGUGUGCAGGUCUGACAUACACAGACAUAUGGUCCCCUUCAUUAUGGACUCCACUCUUGGAAUGGAGGUUAUUUUAACAGCCAAAAGAGGGUGUUUGGUUCUGAAGGUGGGAUUAAUUGGGAGAUUGUCAGGACACACAAAUAUAAAAUAGAAAUAACAGUUUCUGUGGGAUAACUGGAUUACAAUCACAAUAUUACAUAUACAGAAUUAUAAAUACAGACAUUAUUCUUCACCGGGAUUAAAAUUAACUAAAAUUGUAUAAAGACACUCUUUGCAUUUAGGCUAUUAAUCAGAUCUGCUACUACCGUGAUGAAACACAAUAUUUGCACGUGAUUUAUAUAUAGACCAAAUCCAACACGUGGUGAAUUCUAGCAGACCCCGACCGCACCUUUCUUUGAUCUAAUGUAGAGGAAUGCAAGUAAUAAAUCUCUGUUACACUGAGCUUUUGGCUCUUCCUAAAUCCAAACCCCUCAGAUACCAUGCACAUGUGUGUUUGCCUAUAUAGAAAAAUUACAUUUUUGUCAUAAUAAGUAAAUGCCUAUCAACAAGUGUCAAAAGUAGUGUUAGACAUACGGUUUUAUAAAUUAUUAUUAUUAUUGCCAUUUAUAUAGCGCCAACAGAUUCCGUAGCGCUUUACAAUAUUUUGAGAGGGGGGAUGUAACAAUAAAUAGGACAAUUACAAGAAAAUUUACAGGAACAAUAGGUUGAAGAGGACCCUGCUCAAACGAGCUUACAGACUAUAGGACAGAAUAUAAAUAGAAGUAUACACAUUAAAAGGGGAACUGUCACUGCUCUGUGUAUUCCGCUAUUGAAUAAAACACCCAUAGUUUAUGGUUUUGUGCUGGUGAUGGUCUCUUGUUUUCAAAUUUAUAUAAAGAUUUAGCAAAUCACCUCACAAUUCAGAUCAGUUCAGGCAUAGCACACACUGCCAAGGAGGAGGCAUAGAAACUAGAUUUAAUUUCUCUGCGUGCUGUCCCUAAUGCCGACUACCAGGUGCAUCGAACACAGCUAACAAUGAUUGACAGGGAGCUUAGAUGGAGGAAUCCAGUUGCAGAUAAUGAGAUGUGAAUUUCUAAAUUUACUUUUAUUUUUCACACUUUUUUUAUUUAAUUUUUUUAAAUAGAGAGAAAAAGUUAAAAAAAAACUAAAAAAAAAACUGAGUAGUGACAGCUCACCUCUGAAUCGAGUCAUGAAACCCCAGUACAAUUUCAAGUGGCAGAACCUACAGAAUUUAUAUAAAAAAAAACUUUCAGAAGACCAUUCUGAAAAAAAACAGAGAAGAGCUGUCAGUCUGAAUACAUUGUGUAGAUGAUUCAACAUUCCCAUAGAUCGCUCACAGAAAAUCAUUUGACAGUACCUCUGGGUAACGUCACGCUGCUCUGUGAAUCCGAUGGAUUGUAGGGUUAAUUUCUAUUCAAUAUAAAAAGGAUCAUGAAUGAUUUCUCAGCAUUAAAUAAUACAUUGCGAUUUAGUUAAAAUCUUUUCUAAUUGCUAUUUGACUACUUUUGUCUGGUCUGCUUUUUACUGCUGCAAAAUGAAUACAUAUUAGUAUUAUUAUAUAAAUAUUUUGCCAACAUUCAGAAAAGGAAAUACUGAUGAUAACCCAUACAGCUUGCAGCAAUAUAAGUGAAAUAGACCAAUACACAGGUUUACAUCUUCCAAUAAUUUACAACUUAAUCUUGUUAGUAUUUUGGUUGAUACAAUUCGAGGCUCUGUAAAACACAUUUGUUUUAAAAUUAAACGUGAAAGAGAAGCUUUGUUUUUUUUCUGUUUCUAUCACAGUAAAGGAGGAGACUAUAUUUAAAAGAAGAAAAACUACCACAACAAGAGGACAUAGCCUUAAAUUAGAGGGACAAAGGUUUAAAAAUAAUAUCAGGAAGUAUUACUUUACUGAGAGGGUAGUGGAUGCAUGGAAUAGCCUUCCAGCUGACGUGGUAGACGUUAACACAGUAAAGGAGUGUAAGCAUGCGUGGGAUAGGCAUAAGGCUAGCUAUAAGAUGAGGCCAGGGAUUAAUGAAAGUAUUUAGAAAAUUGGGCGGACUAGAUGGGUCAAACAGUUCUGAUCUGCAGUCACAUUCUAUGUUUCUAUGAUUUUUAAAAGUAAAAAAAAUAAAAAAAAAUUGAAAGAAAAUGACAUUCUUUCUCCACCUUUCCCCUCCUUUGUAAUAGAUGCUGGAGAAAUCUCCUCACUAUAUGAUGACAGGACAAAGCCAAGGGUAAGGAGGAGGCUGGCUCAACCGGGCAGACCGCGCACUGACGAGAGGGAAUGCCGUCUGAAAACUCUGCUGCUCCAAGUUGGCGACUUAGGGCUGGGGUAUGACUCGGAGGAGACCGUCCUUUUCAAGUACUGUGGUGGCGGAUGUCCCAGAUCACGUACUAACCACGACCUGACACUAUCACGUCUACUGCAGAAAAGUGAUCAACCGUCCUUGUUGGAGGACAAAAUCUUUGGGGGACCAUGCUGUCGUCCUACGCACUAUGAAGAUGUAGCAUUUCUGGAUGAUAGACAUCGGUGGCACACAGUAGAGCAGCUCUCGGCAGCAGCCUGUGGUUGUGUAGGCUGAUCUACAGUAACGGACAGAUAAAUAACUGUCUUGGGGCAGCAACAAAGGGACAGUUCUUACAAAUGCAACUUACCUAAUGCCUACUGGUGGUAACCCAAAGAGAGUGAAACAUGAGAAAAUCAAAGGCAUCUUUACAAGAAGAUAACCCAAAUACAUGGUGCCGCUGAGAUAAGCCAACAUGGGUAUUCGAAAGACUUUGUAUAGCACAAUCUGGGUGAAACUCAAUGUAAAUUAAUUUCAAUGAUUUUGUUAAUGGAAUAAUGGUCUACAACAUUCUAGUUAUGGAAGAGUUCAAGAUUCGUGGCAAGUGAUGUGUUAAAUGACCAGUUCACAGAAGUAAGAUGCAAACUAAUACUGUGUGAUUCAGUGAAGAACUCCAAUACAGAACGCCCAAGUACAAUUACAUCUAGCAAUGGCAAUCUGCACCUUCACACUAACACUAUGGGGUCUAUUUGCUAAACGCCAAAUAAUAUAAAACUGAAAUCUGAGUGGUAAAAAUAGCUGGUUUGGAAAAAUGCUCCGCCUCAGCUAUAUUCCAUGCUAUUUUAGCAUAAAUAUUUUCAUUCAAUUUUCAGUUAAGUACAGUUCAG